AUGGCCGACAAACUAGAUAUCGAGGGGCUGCUGAAAGAGUCGAAGGCCGAUUACAAACAAUUGGGGAAGAGUGGCUUGAGGGUUUCAGUGCCAAUUCUCGGUGCUAUGAGCUUCGGCAGCAGUAAAUGGCUACCAUGGGUUAUUGAAGAGGAGGAGGCGUUGCCAAUCUUGAAGGCGGCUUACGAUAAGGGUAUCACGACUUGGGACACUUCCAACAACUACUCCAACGGUGUCUCUGAAGAGAUCAUCGGUAAAGCCAUCAAGAAAUACAAUCUUCCCCGUGAGAAACUGGUCAUUCUUACGAAAUGCUUCGGAACCGUUGGUGAAGACCCAGGACUUUGGACCAUCAAAUAUCGACAGGAGCUCCCGAAGCUCAAAGAUUACGUCAAUCAAAAUGGCCUUUCGCGUCAGGCUAUCUUCAAUGCUGUCAAUGCGUCGCUCAAGCGCCUCGGUAUCGAUUACAUCGACCUUCUACAAAUCCAUCGUUUUGAUGAGUCUACGCCGAUCGAGGAGACGAUGGGGGCGCUGCAUGAUCUUGUCAAGAGCGGAAAAGUGCGGUAUAUCGGCGCCAGCUCGAUGUGGGCGGUGCAGUUUGCCCGUAUGCAGUUCACUGCUGAGAAGUUCGGAUUUACAAAGUUUGUGUCAAUGCAAAACCACUACAACCUCCUUUACCGCGAGGAGGAGCGUGAGAUGAUCAGGUUCUGCAACGAUACGGGUGUCGGGCUUAUUCCGUGGGCACCCCUCAACCGCGGCAAUCUCGCGCGUCCAGUCGCUGCCUAUGGGUCGACCACGCGGUCCGAGGGCGAUAAAGAGAGUGGCACGGAAUUAAGCGACGUAGAUCGGAAAAUUAUAGGUCGUGUGGAAGAGCUGGCGAAGAAGCACGACUGGAAGAUGAGCCAUGUUGCGAUGGCGUGGAUCAAUAAGAGGGUAAGUAGUCCCAUCAUUGGGUUCAGCAAGGUGGAGCGCAUUGAUGAGGCACUGGAGGCUAGGGGAAAGGAACUCACUGAAGAGGAGGAGAAGUAUUUGGAGGAGUUGUAUGUGCCACGGGUGAUUGUAGGACACCAGUGA